CCUCCCCGCGCGGAGCUCGUGCGCUCGGCGCCGCCUUUAUAGCGGCGGCGGGGUCCGCGCUCUCCGCACUCGGGCGCAGCCGGGCGGAGCCGACUCAGGCCCUCGCAGCCCCUCGACCAUGUCGGCAGCCUGGAUCCCGGUCCUCGGCCUCGGUGUCUGUCUGCUGCUGCUGCUGCCGGAGCCUGCGGGCAGCGACGGAGCCGUUCCCAUUGCUAUCACAUGCUUUACCCGAGGACUGGACAUCAGGAAAGAGAAAGCAGAUGUCCUUUGCCCAGGAGGCUGCUCUCUUGAGGAAUUCUCUGUGUUUGGGAACAUAGUGUAUGCGUCUGUAUCAAGCAUAUGUGGUGCAGCUGUCCACAGGGGAGUAAUCAGCAACUCAGGGGGACCUGUGCGAAUAUACAGCCUACCAGGUCGAGAAAACUAUUCCUCAGUAGUUGCCAAUGGCAUUCAGUCUCAGACACUUUCCAGAUGGUCUGCUUCUUUCACAGUGACAAAAGGAAAAAGUGGUACCCAGGAAGCCACAGGACAAGCCGUGUCCACAGCACGUCCACCAACAGGUAAACGACUGAAGAAAACACCUGAGAAGAAAACUGGCAAUAAAGACUGUAAAGCAGACAUUGCAUUUCUGAUUGAUGGAAGUUUCAAUAUUGGGCAGCGCCGAUUUAAUCUACAGAAGAAUUUUGUUGGCAAAGUGGCUCUAAUGUUGGGAAUUGGAACAGAAGGACCACAUGUGGGCCUUGUUCAAGCCAGUGAACAUCCCAAAAUAGAAUUUUACUUGAAAAACUUUACAUCACCCAAAGAUGUUUUGUUUGCCAUAAAGGAAGUGGGUUUCAGAGGGGGUAAUUCCAAUACAGGAAAAGCCUUGAAGCAUACUGCCCAGAAAUUCUUCACAGCCAACACUGGAGUAAGAAGAGGGAUCCCCAAAGUGGUGGUGGUAUUUAUUGAUGGCUGGCCUUCUGAUGACAUUGAGGAAGCAGGCAUUGUGGCCAGAGAAUUUGGUGUCAAUGUAUUUAUAGUUUCUGUGGCCAAGCCUAUCCCUGAGGAGCUGGGGAUGGUUCAGGAUGUUGCGUUUAUUGACAAGGCUGUCUGUCGGAAUAAUGGCUUCUUCUCUUACCACAUGCCUAAUUGGUUUGGCACCACAAAAUAUGUAAAGCCUCUGGUACAGAAACUCUGCAGUCAUGAGCAAAUGAUGUGCAGCAAGACCUGUUACAACUCAGUGAACAUUGCCUUUCUAAUUGAUGGCUCUAGCAGUGUUGGAGACAGUAAUUUUCACCUCAUGCUUGAAUUUGUUUCCAACAUAGCCAAGACUUUUGAAAUCUCAGACAUUGGUGCCAAGAUAGCUGCUGUACAGUUCACCUAUGAUCAGCGCACAGAAUUCAGUUUCACUGAUUAUAGCACCAAAGAGAAUGUCCUAGCUGUUAUCAGAAACAUUCGCUACAUGAGUGGUGGAACAGCUACAGGUGAUGCCAUCUCCUUCACGGUUAGAAAUGUGUUUGGUCCCGUGAGGGAUAGCCCCAACAAGAACUUCCUGGUAAUUGUCACAGAUGGACAGUCCUAUGAUGAUGUUCGAGGUCCUGCUGCUGCUGCACAUGAUGCAGGUAUCACCAUCUUCUCUGUUGGUGUGGCUUGGGCACCUUUGGAUGACCUGAAAGAUAUGGCCUCUAAACCAAAGGAGUCACAUGCUUUCUUCACAAGGGAAUUCACAGGAUUAGAACCAAUUGUUUCCGAUGUCAUCAGAGGCAUUUGUAGAGAUUUCUUGGAAUCCCAGCAAUAAUGGUGACAAUUUGGCAACUGAAAGAAAAAGUGCAAGAAGAUAGAAAAUGUCAUUUUCUCAUAAUACCAAAAUACUAUAUAGCAUACUAGGAUCAGAUGCAAAACUCUUAUAUUAAAAAUGCCAACAGCUAUUUUAAGCAAAUAAGCAUUCAUUUAAAGCUACAACCUUCUGACAAUUUAGAAUUGUUAAACACUCUGCCAAGGCUUCAUAAUCAUGACCCUUAGAAACUCAGGAAAGAGGAGAUAUCAUGCAUCUAAAUCUUAAUAAUUCUAAAAUGCAAAUUAAAUGUAGAGAUGCAAAAUCCAUAGUUCAAUAAGACUAUGAUGCUCAGAACAAAAGCAACAUUCCUUCUCUAAUCAUUCUGUAUUAAAUAGGGAAAAUUAAAUAGUUCUUUAAUUCAGUUUAAAUGUUAAAUAUUUUGCCCCAAUAGAUGUCUUAAAACAUUGUUACUUAAUAUAUUAAAAAAGUUAUAAUUAUGAAAUGGAAGGGAAUUAAGUAUCAUUUCCUUUGUAGUGUAUUUUCAUAAUAGCAUAACUGAUAUAUCACACUGAACAAGAUAACAGGAAUGCUUGGUAUUUUUCUAUUUAUAACCUUAAUUUUAUAUGUGUAUAGAUAUAUUUGGCUUAUACUCUAAAAGUCAUCCAUGUGCUGAAAAGAAAGCUAAGUUGGUAAAAUUUUACUUACUACUUGUAAACAUUUGGCUCUGAGGAAAAACAUUAAAGGUAGAACUGCAGGAAAAAAUAUUAUAGUCUGACUUAUUUAAGCAAUAAAACUGUUAGUGACUAUUAUUCUAAGCUGCUUUACUUUUAUUAUUCCAAGUAUCUAUUGCUGGGACAUGUGAAAAAUCCUGUAUUCACUAUUUAAUGCAGAAAGACCAAUUCUGAAUUUUUUCUUAAAUUUAUUCAGUUACUUAUUGAAUGUCUACUGUUCUAGGCAUUCUACACAGCCAUGACUAAGUUAAACAGCAUGAGAUGCUUUUGGUUAGUUCAACAAAAAUGUUCUUUAAUAUUAUUUAACAUGAUUAAAUAUGCUUGUUAGUUCUUGAAAAGGGAACUCCCUUAAUAUAACUAACUAUUGUUACCUCACCAAGAGCUUUCCCUUCAGAUAGAGAGAAGAGGUAUUGUUAUCCCAUCUGGCUUAUCUUCUCUACAGAGAGGACCUUUCCUCUCCCACAUCCACCUGUGCACACUGUCUCCCUUCACAUAUACACUGAUCCUAUCUGAAACAAUUUACAAGUUGAUCUUAAAAAGGUGUUAACUGAUUUAGAAUUAACACGUGUACUCCACUAAACUUUUUUUUAAAGAUUUUAUUUAUUAAUGAGAGACCAGAGAGAGAGAGGUAGAGACACAGGGAGAGGGAGAAGCAGGCUCCAUGAAAGGAGUCCAAUGUGGGACUUGAUCCCUGGUCUCCAGGAUCCCGCCCUGGGCUGAAGGCAGUACUAAACCACUGAACCACCUGGGCUGCCCUCCAUUAAAUCUUUUGAGUCUAACAAACAAUUUUACAGGCUGUGUAAAACAAAUGGAAGGGCCAUAUAUUGGAAAGGCCGAAAUGGUCUUUAACACAACAUAAAAAUUUGACAAAAUGGGGUAUGGGAAGACAAUAAACUGGGGCCCAAAUAAGAAUGAUUCAUGUCACAAGAAGAAUUUUCAUUAAGCAAAAAUGGGCUUAACGUUUUCCCUCAAUAAACAGAUCACAAAUUCUUAGCUGAGAAUGCCACUCCCUGAAAAAUUAGUUCAAGAUUAAGGAAAUUUUAAUUAAUGAAAAACUAAGCUUAAAUGAAAACCCAGCCUCCAAACAUCAAAAGCAUUUUUAAAGGAGGUAAUUUCAUAAAGGACAAAGUCCUGAGGCAUCUGAGGAACCAGGGAGACUACCACUCUGAUUGACUUAAAGAGCACUAGGAGCAGAAACGACCACUUUAUUAAGUUACCAUCAAUUAUUUUGUGUAAGUAAAUAAGAUAAAGUAUUACCAAAAAUGAAUAAAAGAGGAUUUUUAAAAAGAUGUAUUUGUAUUACAAUCCAACUUUAGCAGGCAUGCCUAAAUUUCAAAUAUGCUAGGCUAUUUAUAACACUUAAUGUGUUAAAUAAGAUGCUCCUCGUUAGUGGUAUCAACUUAAAUUGAUAUGUGAGAAGAGUACAUGAAAAUAAAGUAUGAAAAAGAAUGAUUAAAUAUUGAUAAAGUCAUAUUAAAGUUUGUAUAUAAAAAUAUUCUUAAACUUUACAAACCACCAUUUCAUAAUUAAAUGAAUCUACAUAAUUCCUCAUUAAGUCACAAAUGGGAGCAUGCAAAAUGAGACUUGGUUUUUGCAUCCUGUAGUCUCUUCCAAAUGCUUAACAGAGAAAAAUACAACCAAAGAGAAAAAUAAACAUAUAUACUAAUUUUUAUUCAUUUCAGUUUUAAUACAUCCCAAGAGGUGAACGUGUAUGUACUGCAAUGAUGAUAAUCACAUUUCAGUUAAACAGUAAUGCACUGGUUUUGAAUAGCUGCCAGAAACCACAUUAGCUUUGGAAAAAACUGUUAUUUCCAAAACCAAGAAGAAAAUAUGCCUCUUAUUUUGUUCAUUAAGUUGAAGUUUCAGAAAACAAAAAAAUCUACUUUAAGGAAACUUCUGAAAAAUUUUAGUGUUUCACCAGCAAUGACUAAAAUUGACACUAGGAUUUUUAUGGUAGAAGACACAAUUUCUCAAUGUAUACACAAUGUAAUUAUUUUUUGCAGUAGGCAAACAGAAUUCUGUCAUGUAAAUUUUUUAAUGUUAACUUCUAAUUCCAUUUGAAAUAUUCUUCAAAGAAAAAGGAUAUUACCUUGUUGAAGGAAAAAGUUUCAAGAUACUAAUACCUAAUAUCAUUUAUAUAGACAGCUUUUAAUUAAUGAGUAAUCCAGUUUAUUCUCUGCUUUGCUUUUUUGUGGAAACAGGUAUGGCUAGAUAGGAAUGACAACACUAUUAACUGAAAUCCAGAUUUAAUAAAGUAAUAGAAUGUUUAAGGAAACAAUUUAAAACUGGAUCUCCGCUUUUUCUUUUCUUUUCUUUUUUUUUUUUUUUGGUUACUGUGAAUUAUUUGAUUUUAAUAGAAGAUUUUUUAAAAUUCCCAAAUGGGAUGAAAUACUUAGAAAGUCAUUCUUACUAGUGUUGACUGUUCUAAUCUUAUUAAGAGUCUCAACAAGCAAUACAAAGUUUAACAAAACAGCAUAAAAAUGAAGGACUCAUUGAAAAAUCAUCUCCAUUUCCUAGUUUAAUGAUGGAGAGCAAAGUAUUGCACUUUAUUAUUCAACACAAAAUAAUGUAGCCAACAGUAACAUACAGGUACACAAUUUAAUAUUUAUUAUAUGCAUUUUAUAUACAUUAUUUUUCAACAGCUGUACGUUUGCUAUGUGGUACAAUCUUAAAAAUUUGCUGAUUCAUAGUUUGUAAAACAAAAACCUUACAAAACUCAUCAAAACUCGCAAACUGAUCAGAAAAGUUUUUGGAAGACUAGAAAAAAUACUUUAUUGUCUUAAUCAUGCAUUACACAAACAAAAUCUUUAGUUACACCAUAAAAUUAAGCACAUCUGAAAAAAUAAAACAGGGAUAACUAGUCCAAACACAGCAAAUUUCUGUAUCCUGAUUCAACUAUUUUUGUAUCCUAUUUGUAAUGCAAAUAAAAUUUUACUCCAAAUAUUUUUAAA